CAAUGAAAUGACGGCAGAUCAUAUUGUCAGUAGCGACAUAACAAUCGACAAAAUAAGUUUUUGAUUAGACGACGUAAACAUCAAAAAAAAUUAAUAUUAAAUCGCUUCGUGAGAACGUAAAAGAACGUUUUGAUUCAGUUGAACAAACUUCAUCACAAUUCAAGUCCGUGUUGCGAUACAAACUUUAUAGUUUCUGCACGCAAUACUUUUGCCCGUUUCCAAGUUUUAUCUGGAGCAAAGGCUGCAAAGUCACAGUCAUCACGUAGCCUAUGGGAAAUUUAAACACAAGUAGAGACUGGGAUGACGAGAUGCUCCAGCAUGAAUCAUCUGACGAAGAUAUUCUUGAACAAUUGGGACCAGAUAAUGAAGAUGGAUACUAUGUUGCGAUGUUUCUCCGACGAAUGAUAGACAGUGGCGAAUUUUCCAGAGAACCAGAUUCUUAUUAUGGGAUGAAACGAAUUCCGAAAAUUAAAAUAAAACCUGAUUUGGUGAAGUUAAAGAACAGUACCAUUUUCCAAAGUGUUAAGACAGCCUCUGGACUCAAACCCAACGACACUGUGCCCAAUUCGAAUUGGUCUAUUGUUAAAAUGAUUGGCAACAGACAGCGCGGUACUGGCACUAAUUUGGGAUUUACCGCUCAAGAACGAUGCAAAAUCAACAACAAGUACCUUCCGAAUCGUAGUUCAACCAUAUGCAACUACCAAAGUAAGGUGUACUGUGGGUGUUACUCAAAAAAUGGAAACUAUUUCAUUACAGCUAGUCAGGAUCACGUUCUUCGCGUACUCGAUUCAAGCAAUCCGGGUUAUCGCAGAAUUAAUCGCAUUCAGGCCAAGGAUGUUGGGUGGUGUAUCAUAGAUGUCGCAUUUAGUCCAGAUGAUCAAUACUUUGUUUAUAGUACAUGGUCCAAGUGCUUACACAUUUCACCUGUUACUGGCAACAACAACGAGGAUCUUCAAUGUUUAUAUUUGCAAGUGGACCAGCCGCGGUUCUGUGUCUUUUCGUUAUCUUUUUCUGCAUGCGGAAAGGAGAUCAUAAACGGAACCAGCGAUGGCUGCAUCUACAUUUACGACCGAUAUUUAAACCGUCGAACAUUGAAAAUUCCCGUCCGAAAUUUUCUACGAAACGAGGUUGACGUGAAUGCCGUUGGAUUUUUGGAUGAUUCGUCGAAUGUGAUGUUUAGUGGCAUGGAUGAUGGUAUCGUGAAGUUGUGGGAUCGACGUUGUCUGGAUGAAACGAAUCCGGAACCGAUCGGUAUUUUGGUUGGCCAUUUGGAUGGAAUCACAUACAUUGAUUCGAAAAAUGACGGUCGAUACUUGAUAUCGAAUUCUAAGGAUCAAAGCAUUAAGUUGUGGGAUGUCCGAGCGUUUUCGAAAAGUGGUGCCGAGGAGAGACAUGGUCGAAUGAAGCAUGCCACAUUGCGAAAUGUGAACGAUUGGGAUUACCGGUGGGACGAAGUGCCAAAGGAAUUUUACAAUACAGAAUUUGUGUUGGAAGAUGAUGUAUCGGUGAUGACUUAUCGUGGUCAUGUUGUAAAUAAAAGUCUGAUUCGAGCGAAAUUCUCACCGUUAGAGAGUACUGGCCAGCGAUACAUUUACACGGGCGAUGGGACAGGAAGACUUAUACUGUACGAUGUUCUUACUGGCGCUAUUGUAAGCAGCAUCAACUCGCAUGAUGAUGUCAUACGUGAUGUUGACUGGCAUCCGAACCGAAACGAAAUCGCGACGAGUUCAUUUGAUGGUAGAGUAAAUUUGAGCUCAUACAAGGAAAAGACGGUGCGAAUUAAACGUGAUCAAAAUCAACCGCAACCACCACGCCGGCGAUCAAGACGAAUUGCGCAGCAGCGAGCAAACCAACAAAUUUGAGAGCGAUAAUGCUACUAAGCUUGGUUUCUGUCGUUCUUCUUUCUAAUUUCUUUUUUAUUGGAAACUCUUGUUGAUUUUCUCCUGAUUAAAAAAUACAUUUAUUAUGUCAUUGUGAUAUAAAAGCA